GUUGUAAAGAGGGACAGUGUGCUCCCCGGUUGAUCUAUCUCCGAAAGAUAGCCUAGAAUAUGAGCAAAGAUUCCCAAAUGAGGGCUGCAAUAAACCAGAAGUUGAUAGAAAUGGGAGAACGGGAGCGGUUGAAAGAAUUGCUCAGAGCAAAACUGGUGGAAUGCGGGUGGAAGGAUCAGCUGAAAGCACACUGCAAAGAUGUGAUUAGAGAAAAGGGGCUGGAGCACGUCACAGUGGAAGACCUCGUCACAGAAGUAACACCAAAGGGCAGAGCACUCGUACCAGAUAGCGUGAAGAAAGAACUCUUACAAAGAAUCAGAGCAUUUCUAGCUCAACACGCAACCUUGUGAAUGAGACUCAACCUGUCUAGGCAUUUUUUACUCACUGUACACCCACAGUUAAAAUCAAAUACAAGUGUUUGUCCUCAUCAUGAGCAAUACUGAAGUGUCGUUUUUUUAAUCAUGUGUUUUGAUAUUGAUUUAGUUUUAUUGUUAUGUGACAAUUUUGGAAAUAAUAAAGUCAUGGGUAUUUU